AUGCGCCGCUCGCCCUCGCUGGCCGGCUCCGCCUGUUCACUCUCAUUCGCCGCCGAAGUAGCUAGUGUUGUGACGAUUCCUAUCUAUUCUUCGGAGCGCGUGCUCCAGAGCAGAGAGCAGCACCCAGCAGAGAGCGGCAUGGGCUCCACGUGCAGCACGUGCUUGCCGGAGGACGAGUGCGAAAAACGCAAACCCAGCUUUUACGACGUGGUCCGUCUCAUCAGCUCGAUCCCCGACUCGCCGGCAUCCUUCAACCUCUCGGAACUUGGCUCUGUUUCCGGCCAGAACUCACCCACGGGGCGGGGCUCCCUCGUCAGCGCGUUAGGGUGGUCCAACCGCCCGAGGACCACCGACGCGCCGCUGCUCGUCGGCAAGGGGAGCCACUCGCUCGGCCCGCUCCUCGUGCAGAGGCAAAAGACGCUCCCGAUGAACCCCAGCAAAGGCCACAGCGAGGCGGAGCGGUACUGCGGCGAUGCGGCGGAGCGUGGGGUGAUGCGCGCAAACUCGCUGCCUCGCUCUCGACGGUCUUCGGGGUCCUGGGCGUCGUUCGACGCGGUCCCGGAAAAAGCGGCUCCCAACGUCGUCAGCAUAUAG